AUGGCAGAGACGGUCCAUCGAAAAGCUUGUGAUCGCUGUCACGCGCAGAAACUCAGCUGCAAACGAUAUAACGACGAGGCGUGCGAGAGGUGCGUCAGACUCAAGACGGAGUGCAAGUCUAGUCCGUCGCUACGGUAUAGGAAGAACCAGCAGCAGCUUGCGGAGAGCCAGCAACAACAGCAGCAGCAGCAACAGUUUGUUGAUAACGGGACGACUUCUUCUCUUACGGCUACUUCGAGUGGACGCCGCUCGCCGAAACGACGACGGACAGAUAGUCAAGAGGAUCCGAGUCUUGUCUCACCCGACGCGGACAACAGCCUCAGCCUGACGUCUAAGAGUCAUAUCCUCCCCGUCUCCGUCCCUGUCCCUGUCUCACCCGAUCCCGUAGUCGACAGCACCGACUUUGCCUUCACCUUCGACCAGCAGCUCGCCUUCUUCACAAAUCCUCAGUAUUUAUCUCACUCCGAGUUCCCCGGAACUCGUCCUGUGUUCUGGGAACCUGCACCUCUCUACCAGCACCAGCAUCAGCACCAGCACCAGCACCAGCACCAGCAGCCACCUGAACACCCUUAUCACCAGCCGCCGGGUGAAGUUGCACCAGAGCGUGACGCCCUUCACCAGCAGCACGUCGUGCCCCUGAGCUGUGCACCUGAGCACAGCAGCACCUCUGACAAGCGCGCGUCACGCACGCAGUCGAAGCAGCAGCAGCAGAGGAGUAGUAGACCUAGGCCCAGACAGAUCACGCUCCGCCACGACGCUGACUUGUCGCCGCUGCAGCAGCACGAGGUUCCCCCGAUUCACUGGAUGGCGCAGUUGUCCGACAUAAACGCCCGGCUGCUGGACCUGGCGUCCGCUUUGCCUUCUCCCCAGGAUGGACCGCUGAUGGCUCGUCCUGUUGAUGAGAGGUUCAGAAGUCAGGGGUUUCCCAUUGAGGAUAUGUUCAAGCUUACGCGACGUGUUGCUGAUAUUCUUGAGAAACCACCUUCCAACAAUGAUGGGAGUAAGAUGCAUCACUCUACCAUUGAUGGAAGUGAUCCGGGCAAUGCAAUGUUCAUUUUGUCAAUAUACGUGCGUCUGCUCGACAUGUAUCAACGAGUCUUCAGCCUCGUACACACAGAGCUAGCAACACAGACAGACACGGGUACGACCUUCAGCUUCUGGAAACUACCCGCCGUGACGGUAGGGUCCUUCGCUGUAGAGUCCUCUCCAUUUCUGCAGAUGUCUCUCACGAUCCAGCUGGCAGAGGAGUUCUUAUCUCGUCUGAGAGGUUCGACGGCGCGGUGGUCAGGGGCUGGGAACGCAGCUACCAUGUUCGCGGGGGUCGUGGAUGUGUCUUUUCAGGCGUUUCGGGAUCGCGAGGAGGCUUUGGCGAAGCAUCUGGUUGAGUUGCGGAGUGAGAUAGAGCCUUUGAUAGAUUCAUAG